AUGUACUAUAUCGAUUCAGCCAUGCGUACUGACGCCUACAGAUGCCCCUACACGGUCGGCGCCAUUCUCCCACUAUUUCUGUUUGGACAGCCCGCAAAGGCCACCGUCACCGGAAUCUUUGAGCCAUUUACACUGUCAUGCGCCAUGUUGGUUUCCGUCGAGUCCCAAAGUGCGGAGCUCAAUGGCGACAAGACUCUGAAGCUCUUUGACCGCCGUUUUGCAGCGGAAUGCAGAGAACACGAAAAAGUUGAAGUCUGGGUUCCGGAGUGUGAGAACCAGUAUCAUCAAUUUGAUACGAAUGACAAUGGAGACAGCGAUGGCCAUGACUUGACCCCCGCCGAGUGUGAGGCGUAUCUCCAUCAUCGGAUGCAGCAGCUCUACAAGAUCGAAGUGGAGGCAUACCAUGCCCCAGAGGACAUCCAAGGAAAAUAUGUGCCCCAGUUUUUCGCCAGUGUGACACUACCUGUUCCUGCUUCAUCUAACGAAAUACCAUUCCGGGAGUGGGUCGAUAUCCCGGGGAUUCUGAUAGAGUAUAUCGAGGGUUUCUCUCUGAUAGACCUUGGUACAUGCGCCCCACCGGAGGUAUGGCAACGGGUUGGGGAUGAAGCAAUACGAAUUGUGCACGCGAUCAGCGACCGAGGAAUUCUGAACGAAGACGUCCAAUGGGGGAGCUUCAUCGUCAACCCCAACAAGAACUACGAGGUGCGCAUGACAGAUUUCGCCAAUUGCAAGUUCCGGCGGGAAUUUGGAGAUGACGAGGGCUGGAGAAAAUGGCAAGCUUACCGAGAUGAAGAUACCAUGGAGCGAAAGUUGCAGCAAGUCUCCCCCGGGUCAUUUACAUACCGCCGGUCGGAGCGCUACAAUCAGCUGAGCUAUGAUUUUAUGAGGGAAGAGUUGGGGUAG